CUCAGAUCAGAAGAAGAUGAUGAACAUUGAGCAGGUCAGACGACUUUUUAACUCCAUCUACAGGAAAGCCAAUGAACUGCAUCUGCAUCGCUGUUAGCAGCUAACAGCGUCUAACCAGCGAAGCAGUCAGUUACAGUCAGUGACCAGCAGGUGGUGCUGAAGCUGUUGCAUGGCCACAGGAGUGAACUACUGGAGCUCAUAUGAACCUGGUUACAAGGUGAGAGAGUGUGUGUGGGGGGGAGAGCAGGAGUCGAGCAGCGAGGACGGAGGAGGGGAGGUUACAUGGGAGACAGCCGCCAUGGAGGUCAAGGGUCAAAUCAUUACGACACCUGACCCUCUCACUUGCCCUGACAAGAAGCAGAGGGAGCGAAUGACAGAGCUGCAGGAGAGGAGGCGGAGCCUGCAGGCGUUGCUGAGGACACGAUUGGCUGAUCUCCGACGCAUCUGUCUGCAGGAGGCCGAGCUGACAGGUGCGGUGCCCAGUGACUUCCCCCUGGAGGCGGGAGAGAAGCCCCCCUGUGUCCGACGGAGGGGGGGAGGGUCUCGCCAAGGAAACAGGAAGUUUAGAGCAGAGGAGGAAGAAUCUCAGCGUUCGAAGCCGAAGAAAACUUUAUUCAGUGCAGCUCUGAGGAAACACAGUGACUCUGAACACAACACACAAACACACACACACCACGGCAAGAGGACUGUGCAUAGAGGCUGCCACACAGAUGACACAGUGAGGUCAGAGAGCAGCUCAACAUCGGACUCAAACGGACAUGACAAUGAAGACAUCGUGUCUCAGUGUCGCCCCCCGCUGGUCGCUGCUGCUUCUCCAGUGGAGGUUUUCUACCACAACAAAACCAGAAGGAACUCGCUGCACAUCAGGAUCGACCAUCCAGAGGCUCCUCAGACCCACAAGCCCCUCCCCCUGCUACCCACCCCCCCUCCCCCUCUAUCACAGGACUCCUCCUCUCGCCCUUUUGACCCAGUAGCAGCAGGUGAGGGCGGGGUCAGGGUGAACGCAGCUCGCCGCUGCAGCAGCUCAGACGGUCUCCUGGACCGUGUCCCCCCCCCAGAGGAGGACGGGGGUGCACAGCAUGGAGGACUGAGGGUGAAUGAUGUCACAGCGUCCAGGGGGACAAACGUCUCCGGAGUGGUCAGGUGCUCCGAGCUGCUGAUGGACGGACGAACAAGGAUAAAUAACAGACCCGCUGAGGGAGGGGCCGGUGGGGGAGGAGGAGGAAGAGGAGGAAGAGGGGGGGGGUACAGCGAGGUCCUGCUGGAUUACGUCUGGGGGAAACAACAGCAGGUGCAGCGACAGCCCCCCCACACCAAUAACAGGCAGCCAAUCACAUCCCAGCACCAGCUGCUCUACAACGGCUUCUCCUCCCAGCAACCCCCAUUAGCCCCGCCCACCUUCCGUAGUCACUAUGGCGACCAACGACAAGUCAAAGUGACCCGCACCAAAUCCUGUGGCCCUUUCCUCCCGGUGCAGCAGACCGAUACCCCUAAUCCUCCUCUGUCCACCAUUCAGCCGGACCCCCACCCCCACCUGCUACCCCCCCGACCCACACAGCUGCCCCCCACCCAGGACUCCCAGCUGGAGGAGGCCACCAGGAGCCUCCACAAGGCCCUCGCCCUAGAAGGUCUGAGGGACUGGUACCUGAGGAACACGCUCAGCUCAAUCCACCAAAACCAAAACCACGGCAAGGCGAGCAAAGGUGUCUCCACUAAGGUGAAUGGAGGGGUCAAAGGUCAGUCGGGAGUGGGUGGAGCUCUGCAGCGUAGACGAACGACUCAUGGCAUCAUCCAACAGUCGACCUAUCAGACGGAGACCAGUCAUCAUCAGGCUCUGUCGCAUAACAAGCAGACGCUGCCACACUCAGCCACGUUCCACGGACACCCGCUCCACGGCAGGUCUGUGGACAACGCUCUCUACCACGACUCCUUCUCACCUCAGAAACAGGAAGUUCCUCUCAGAGAUCUGUCUGUGGACCAGCCGUCUCCUGGGACCCUGGUCUGACUCACCGUCCAAUCAGAAGAACAGAAACAGACCAAUCCCACACAGACGUAUUGACCUGUGUCCAGGUGACUGCAUCAAACAGACCUGUGGAGGUCCUGGUCCUGGUGGAUGUUCUGGUGGAUGCUCUCCAGGACCUGCAGGUUCAAACAGUGCUUCGGGUUCCAGCUGCAGCUUGUCACAGGCUGAUGUUACUGCCCAGGUGAACUCUGGGAGAGACUCAACAGGACGACUGGAUAAACCACAAACAAAUCAGGUCACACAGACCUCCAGCCCAACUUGGGUCAAACCUGGGUCAAAGGUUAAUCUGGACGUACGUCUCUGCUUGGCUUUAAAUAACUGAUAUCAGGGAUGAAGAUGAACUUGAUGCAACUGAACCUGUAAACGUCAUGUGAUGACCAGGUCUGAUCCCCCUGACCUGAGGUUCAGGUUUACUUCUAAAGUUGUUUCUAACUUUUUCUAUGACAAUGUCCUCGUCUCUCAAGCCGUUUUCAGAUCUGCACUGACGCCUGGAUCUUCUCCUGAAGACUCCUGGUAAAAUGUUUGUUAAAUGUCAGAGUGAGUCCAUGUGAGGAACCAGCAGGACAAUGUGUGGAAGCUUCCCAGUGAGCGAGUGGACAAGGUUUCUAACACGUGACUGACAUGAAACUGGAAGAACCCUAAUAUCUCAGGAUGAAGAAGAGGAGCCGGACACGUAGAAGACGAAGACGUCAACUUGGAUACAAAAGGAGAUUCCAGAUCUUCUGGUGAUGAGGGCCGACGCCGGUGUUCUCCUCAUGUUCCUGUUGUUGUGAACGAGUCUGACCCCGACAAUCUCCUGCUGCUUCUUCAGAUGAGAAAGAUGAACUCAUGUCUGAAAAUAGUUUCAGACUCUGCUCAGACAAUCAGGACACGUCAGAGUUUUUAUAAGAACUUUUGAUAAGUGAUGAUGAUGAUGAUAAUGAUGAUGAUGAAGAUGAUGCACUCUCACCAGCUCAGUCCAGCCAAUCAGCAGUUUAUAAAGUUUGAAAGAUUUUGAUAAAGUGAUUAGAUCAGGUGUUUGAUUCCUCAGGUGAGUCCUUCAAAAACCAGCAGGUGAUGUUCUUCAGGUGUUUUUACAGUUUGGAUUUUAACGUUCGGCUUCUCUGUCUCAUCGUCAGAACCAGAACCGAAUUCUGCACUAGCAUCAUGAGCCUGAUUUAAAAACUGUAGGAACCAGACCAAAGCUAAUCCAGCAUUGUUGUCAUGAUAAAAUUUGUGCGUCAAAUGAGAGCAGGUGCGACAUAAUGUAAUGUAAGCCCUGCCCCCUGUAUACCAACGAACAAAGAAUGAGGUGUCCUGUGAAAACUAUUAGCCUGUUAGCCUAUCAGACCGUGUGGUAGGCUGUUAGCAUGCUAGUCUGGUAGGCUAGCAGGUUUUUAGCCUCUCUAACUGUUAGUGUGGCAGGUUGUUAGGCCUUUAGCCCGUCAGACUGUUAUUGUUUUAGCCUGGGAGGUUGAUAGCCUCUCAGACGUUGAACCUGUUAGCCUGGCAGGCUGUAGCCUAUUUGUCUGUCCGACUGUUGGGUCGUUAGCCUGUGAGACUGUUAAGUUGUUAGCCUGUUAGCUUUGCAGGCUGACAGACGGUUAGCCUGGCAGGUUGAUAGCCUGUUAGCCCAUCAGACUGUUAUUGUAUUAAUUUGGUAAGUUGAUAACCUCUCAGACUUUUAGCCUGUUAGCCCAGCAGACUGUUGGGUUGUAAGCCUGUUUGACUGUUAGCUUAGCGGCUGGUUAGAUGCUGCCCUCUCUCAAACGUGUUCAUGAGGAGCCCAUGUGAACGCCCUCCAAGAGGUCAUACCUCUGACCUCCACUUUCUGAAAGCUCAAAGCUAUGUUUGUUCAAGUUUUCAGAAAGGUCAGAGGUCAUUGGACGAUAAAGUGUUUUAAUUUGAGUUUUUCUUUGUAAUUUUAUGACACGUCUGAGGGAAAUGUUCAACAGUCUUUUCCUUCUAUAUUACGUUCGCUGCCUGUUCGCAUGUUAACAGUGUUCUCAUGACUUAACCACUCCAACGCCAAUCACACCACAAAUACGACAUCGUAACCACGAGCUCCCUCUGAAGGCAGCAUGAGAUGAACCUGUUUAUGACAUCGCCCAUAAAGAGUUCAUGUUCUGAAAGGAAGAGAAAUGAUGAUGUCAUCUUCAAGCAAAUCAUUUAAUUAAUAGAAUGUGAGAAAGUUCAAAGAGACAUCUUCAGAGAGUUGAGUCAGAACGUAGAUCCAGGAUCAGGUCCAGGAUCAGGUCCAGGAUCAGGUCCAGGAUCAGGUCCAGGAUCAGGUCCAGAUCCAGUGUGAGAGCAAUAAGAGUCUGUUUAACUGCUUCAGGAUAAAAAUGCAGCGACAAUCAGACAAUGAUGUCAGAGUGUUGAUCAGCUGGUGAAAUGAUCGACUACAUUGAUCGUGUUUUGCACUGAGCUGAACUAAUGUGAACUCUUUGAUAAAGACGUCUGAAUGAGAUGUUAAACCACGUGAAGUGGGAGGUGACCAGCGUUCUGAUGACGUCACUGCCACGGAGUAUUUUCUUUUCAAAGUUGUUGAACUGUUGCUUAGAUUGAUUGACAGGUCACAUCAGUUUUUACUGAGUGACAUCCAUCAGACCAAAAUCGGUAUUACUGAAGGUUUGUUAGAAAUUCUGACUCCAGGUGUCAUUUGACCACGGCUGCAGUCCCAGCAUGCACCUCUUCGGACUGUGGCAUCAAACCAAAGCUGAACAGACACGUUUUCUGUGUGUUCACCUGAAUCGACAGGAACAUGUCACAUUCAUAGACUGUAAAUAAAGAUGGACAACAUGACUGCUCCCAAAUGUGAAGCCAAAGUGUCUCCAUGGCCCCCUGGUGGCUGGCUGCAGUAUAGGUCAUAUACCCUCCCUCCUCUAUGUUAGCAGAUGGGACAUGGACCAAACUAAAGAACUCAAACUAGAUAUUAAAUAAUUGUUUCUCAAAGGGGUCUCUGUCAUUUUAGGUAGUUUCCUAUCAAACAGAUGUUCAUGGUUCUGAUUUUAGCUUUAAUUAGUUAUUUAAUUAUAUAAAAACAGGCUGAGACAUGAUUGACAGCUGAGGCUGACUCCUGAUUGGUCAAGUGGAUGGAAGAGUGGGAUCUUAAUAACACGACUCCACUGCACAGACUCUGACUCCAAAUGAUGGCUCCAGCACAAAAUGGCAGCAUUCCUGUCAGAGAUACUUUAAGUUCAUUUAGUACGAUGACAGUAAGCGGAGACACGGCGUUUAUCUUUAUUAACGGUCUGUGGACACAUCUGACAGAAACACAUGAUCCAGGCUUCUUACUGUAGUACCACUGUGAAGUACUCUACGUACUCAGGGCUGAGUCCAGGAUCAGGUCUACUUUCCUCCAGCAGAAGCUCCACCAGCCGCCAAACAAACUGUGCAAUUUUCUGAGUAUUUAAAAAGUCUGUUCACUCGUCUAAGUGUUGAAAUAAUAAAAACUAUUAUUUAUCACGGUAAUGUGUGUGUAACUACAGAAGGUGUCCUCAGUACUACACUCUGUUCAGUACUGUACUCCUGUAGUACCAGUACUAUGCAGUAACUAUUGAUAGUUACUCUUGUAAUGAUGAUGAUCUGUGUCCCCUUCAGGUGCAGGACCAGCUGUGUGGACAGCUGUGAUGCGUUCAGGUGCACUGUACAGUUGGUGUGUGUUUCUAAACUGUCUGUUAACAUCUUUUUCUAUCUUUUUGUCAUUUGUACUUUUCCACUUUGAACUUUCUGAACCUUCAAAAAUGAAAAAGCUUCAUGUAAAUAACUGACAUGUUGUUAACAUGUUUUGGAAUAAAGAUUUCUCUGCACUCUCUUUUA